CGACAGCGCCGCGGAUAGUCGUGUCUCAAUGCGCCAUAUUUUGUUUGUCAACAAAUAAAAAUGGAGUACGUUUUAAGUUUCGUGUUAUAAGUGUAAUUGAGUUAUGUAAUUUGGAAUAGUGAUACCGAAAAUGGACGGUGCGAACGCCGACUCGGAUCAUUCUAUGACUUGGGAGGAUUUUUUUGGUAGCACAACAGAUCUAACUCCCACCCUGAUUGGUAUUUAUGACUCUCUCCUGGAACCUACUAAGAGUCUCCGUCCCGGGACAACUUGCCCGGAAACAGCUAAAGAUGCACGAAACGACCCACCACUCCGAGACGACAUUAUGACAGAGAAAAAAGACAAAAUGAUGGUAGCUAGCCCACAGAAAGAUCCAUCCAAAAUAGCUGGCAGUGUUAAACUGCCGAUAGCGACGGUUAACAAAAGUUCCCUCUACACAUUACGAACUAAUAGUAAUGGAGCUGAUAUCAAGGUUGACAGAAACGAUGACAAAGAUACACACACACUCAAAGAAACCAAACAUGAGACAUCAAUACUCUCCCCGAAUGUCAAACGUAUGAUCUCCAGCGCCUCAGAGACAUCCACGCUCAAGUUCCAAAAGAAAACCAUCUCAGUGGGGAGAUCAUCCACAAGGCGAUGUAACAUACCGCUAGUAGGCGCCACGUCCAAAAUAUCCCAGUCUGGUGUUGAUAUAUUACCGUCAAUGGAAAUAUAUGAACAGCCAAUCGGUCUGAAACCAGUCCAUCACGAGUCACCGGCGAAGACGAUACAAAUAAAGCCCGAAUUUAAGAUCGAUGAAGAACAAACGACUUACGACGUCCCAACCAACAAUAGACCCGCCAUCUAUGACGUGCCGAACCCAAAGACGGCCUUCGAAUCGUUAUCACUGCCUUACAUCGACCAAUCAAUAGAGCUCUCAAUAUCCUCGAACGAUAGAGAAUUCGACACAAAACUAUCAUCGACGGAUAACUCUCCCUUGAAACCUGAGCCGAAAUCCUCGACUCCGGAACUUUCACCAGCGAAAAUACCGAAAACUUUAAGCGGCACCAACAGUUUACAUAGAAAAGAUUUCGUACCAAAAACCAGUUCACCGAAGCUAAUGAAGAGCGGAUAUCCUGAGACGAUAGUAUCUACUGGCAAUCUUAAACUGAUCCAAGAGAAGGAUUCCGUCAGAUUAAAUCCUCCGAUAGAAGUUACGAGGCCGUUAUCGAUGAGUUCAAUAGCGUCUUCGAGUUCCACCUCCAGCAGCGGCGUCCAAAACAAAGGCGGUGUAAAUUCAGCGUAUCUGGCGUCCAUAGAGAGUCUCGACGACCACAGCGAUGCUGACACAUCGAGGAAUGGAAGCGGCAACUUCAUGAACAACGCCGGCGUCCUAAAAAACGGUGCCUCAGAAGAAACCCGCACGGAACUGCCCAGGCAGAAUGCGUUCGAGGAAAUGUCGGGUAUGUCACAACUAGAACGAGUCUGUGCCGAGAUUGUCAUGACUGAGAAUGUUUACGUCGAAGAUCUGAGGCAGGUCGUUGAGGGUUACCUCCACGUCUGGCGACGCGAGUCCACCUUCUCGGACGAGGAACUCUCCGAGCUAUUUAACAACAUCGAAGAUAUAUACGCGUUUAACAAAUCGUUAUGUAGCGAGUUAAAUUCCUGUAAAUUGGACGCUACGUGUAUAGCCCGGUGUUUCGUUAACAAUACGAGCGGUUUCUCCGUCUAUACGUCAUACUGUACCGGAUAUCCUGUUACAAUGGAGCGUCUCGCUGAGCUGGCGAGGACAGACAGCGCCAGGGAGUUCAGGGAGCGGCAGAUUGUACUGCAACAUCCGCUACCCCUCGCGUCGUACUUACUGAAACCCGUCCAGAGGAUAUUGAAGUAUCAUUUGUUGUUACAGAACGUGGUGAAGCAAUGUUCAUCCCAAGAGACGGAGUACGCUCUGUUGAAGAUGACCGGCAUCGCGCAACAUAUAGACGACAUGAAGAGGCGACACGAACACGCGGUGCGAGUACAGGAAAUACAGUCGUUACUGUACGGUUGGAACGGACCCGAUCUAACCACAUACGGAGAGUUGUGCGCUGAAGGGACUUUUAGAGUGUUCGGCGCGAAGGCAAUGAGACACGCCUUCCUCUUCGACAAGAUGCUGCUGGUGACGAAGAACAGGGAAGAUGGCAUACUGGCCUACAAGUCACAUAUUAUGUGUAACAACAUGAUGUUAGUGGAGUCUAUAGCGGGUGCUCCACUGUCGUUUCACGUAAUACCGUGGGACGCGCCGCGGUCUCAGCUUACUUUACAGGCACGAUCAGCUAGACACAAACGAGAAUGGACCUUAUUGUUGAAGCGGGUCAUUUUGGAGAACUACAACGCCGUGAUACCGUCACACGCGAGGCAGUUAGUGAUGGAGCUGGGGCAGAACAAAACUGACGACGACAUACUCGCUGAGAAAUCCCACAAUCUCAUCACCCAAGCCUCUAUGAGGAAACAGUUGUCCGCACCGGAAUAUCUAGAGAAACGAAAAAUUGAAAGAGAGAGAAGGAAAUCCUUUGAGAACGGAGUCAGAGGGAGAUUUAAGAAGGCAAAUAGGAAAUAUAACACAGCGAGGGAAACGAGAGACUGCGAUUGUGUUCAAUAUUCCGUUGAGAAAGGAAUUGAUUACACCUGUGACAACUGCUAUAUAGAUCUCUGUUCGGAUUGUGAGGCGGACCUGAACAAGUGCAGCGGAAAAGAUGAAACACGAGACAAAUGCAACGAAUGCGAGACAAUCGCUAAUGCUAUGGACGGAGGCAGCGCUGACAGGAUUGAGAGAAAGGUAUGCAAGUGCUUGGAUUUCAAAUCGUCACAGGAGAGCAUCACCAAAGAGUUCGGUGGAUCCUUGAAUAAAACGAGAGGUUAUCACUCCUCUGAUAACAUUAUCAGUUACACUGAUAAUAACAGCAAGGAAGACGUGACCGAGGCUAAUAGUACGUUAACCGCUAAACCUAUAACGAGAACAUGCUUGAAAUGCUCCAAGAUCAAAGAAAAUAUACCAGUGACGGAUACAUUCGCGUUGAACAGGCGGAAGUCGAGAUGCAAUGAAAUCGACAAGUAUAGAACGGACACGCUGAGAUCCAAGUCAAAGGACGAUCCACAGAGAUCGAAAUUAUCGAAAAUUGGCACCUGGAGGCGGAAAUCGGAGCCAGGGCUGCAGAAUACCAUCAUCAUAACGAAGAAAACACAAGACAGUGACACCGAGAGGACUGAUGGUAAGGGAGGAGAGAAGAUUGAAUUCGAAUGCAGGAACUGUGGAUCCAAUAAGAUCUCAAGAAAGGUUCGCAAUGAAGGCAUCAUAUCAGAUCCAGAAGUCGAUAACAGAAAGCGACCUCCGAAUACACUCAAACAGAACAUAGAAAUAAAAAUGUACAACACGAAACACAUACCCAAGAAGAUCUCCAAGAUAAAGAAGAACAGGGCGAAAGGGCUGCGGCUCGGCUCCGACACUACCACACGGUUCUAUACAGACUUCUCGACGGAUGUGUCCACAGAAAAUAUAUUACAUAUCACGGAGUCGAACGAGAGUCUACACGUAGAGAAACCUAUCAACGCUGUGCCGGCCACUAUCAGCAAGGACGAAGAUAUUGAUGAAGAGACGUACAAGAAACUUAUAGAAAAGACCGAUUCGUUCAAAAAGAACGAACUAGAAAAGGUUAAGUAUUUAAAUAAACAGAAGGUCAUCAAUGAAGCGGUCGAAACGGAGGACAGACCUGGCGAAACCCAUGAACAAGUCCAAGAAAGUUGCGAAGACACGGAACAACCUCUGGAACAGAUUAUAUCACAACUACUGAUGCAGAAUCGAGAGUUCCAGAAGCUACUAAAGAAACAACAACUAAGGAACACAGCUCAAAGAAGACACCAGCGACUGCUGAAAUCACAUUCCAAUCCCGACACGGUGAUAACAAAGAACGAACUGUCGAAACUGAAACCGAAAUAUAUAAGGCAGAUGUCCGAUAACAUAGAACUCAAUAUAGAAGAAAAGGAUGACGUCUCAAACAAUCAGAGCGAAGCCGAGGAUCUGUCUGACGGAGAUCACAUAUACGAGACAUUGAGAGUGGAUAACAUGCACGACGACCUGCACGGUCUCAGUGACAAGAGCAAAGUUAGUCAACACACACAUACGAGAACCAAACGUCUGUUACCCGCCGCUACAAACGCAGUAGGCGGACCUGAACCAGAUUAUAUAUAUCUGUCCUUCGAUGAAGUCAAAAACGAGAGCUCCGCUGACGGCAUAUACGACGUGCCAGCUAAAACACCGGAGAAAGUUACUAAUGUGACAACAAAUGAUUACUAUGUUAGUAUGGAGAAAAAAGGCCCGGCUACGAACGACGACAAUAUAUAUGACAAUCUGAUAGACGUGCGACGGAGGAAGAAAGACGUACAGAAUACAUCACAGAGCGAUUAUCUGCCGAUGAGUCCUGAACAGCAGAGUCCGAACACCCCAGAAGUAUGGUUGAGUCGACAAAAGGAACAUUUCAAUGUAUCCAGAGAUCGUAAAUCCGGGUCCUUACCGCGGAGCUUCCAAGUGGUCACCCCUGGACAGGAAGACCCCAAUCUGAGCACGUUCAAAUGUAAACCUAACAGCAACAGCAAAACGUAUUUAAACAGGGACGGCAAAGUCAUGAGCGUCGAUAGACCGUUCACUAUCGCGUCCGAUCAGAGCGAAAUCAGUUACGACGACGUCGAGGCUUACAUGAGCGAAGGAGACAUCUUGAAGUUCAACAACAAACAGAAAACCAAAGAGGACGACUACACCCAGGACAUCAGCAGAUCAACGCUGGAGCUAGAAGAGGAAAUUGAUAGAUGCUAUAAGAACAAUUUCGAGAAAGUCGACUUAGACGCCAACAAAUGUGAAAACCGAUUGAAUUCAUCGCAACCUAAUUUGAACGUGUCGAUGACGUCAUCGUGCGAGGCUCUGACCAUAGAGCAGAACGAUGACAAAAACAAACAUAACGUAGUACAUCCAGAACAUAAGAUAUACAAACCCACUACGAACGUUCUGUCCCUUAAAAAUGUCCUGAGUCGUUUCAAAACCCGGACUCCUCCUAAAAGUGUUGACGACUGCGAAGUCAAUACAAACGACUGUGAAAAGACUGAACUUAAAAGUCCGACCAGUGAGAAACGAUCAGCUCUGAAUCCCAGGAGUUAUUCCAAAAAUUUACUCCAAAGAUUCAGGAGCAUCAUCAGCGACGAACAUCCUGAAGAGACUCAGAACAGAACGGAACAAAACAGAAACAAGAACGAUGAUACAACGAAGAGUGAAAUCAAAGUCAUUAUAACUUCAACAGACAACAGUCCGACCGCGUCUAGCAUUGUUUACACACUGAACAGUGACGCGCUCAGUAAAAGUGUGUGCGAUCACACUACUAUGAGCGAAAGUCAAAAAGAGAUAAACAAAUUGGAGAUAAUGUCCCAAAGCUGCGAAGACAUACAGAAACAGGCGUUCAGGCCGACUUAUGAAAAGAGUAUGAGCUUGGUCACCAAUAUGACCAGCUCUGUAAGCAGUACGCCCUCACCGUCAAAGUCAAACAAUAGCUCCUACCAAAGUUUAAACAAAUUACCCGUUUAUAUGCAAGGCAGCAAACACUUGGGCGCGAGGAUAGCGCAAUCCGAUUACGUGGAUCCGACGACAUUGAUCAACGAGAAGAACAGUUUGAAUAAAGUCAAUGUCCUCAUCAACAAGAACGCUCUGAGACCGGACAGUUUAUUCUCAAAUUCGUCCUUCGUAACGUCAUCCAGUGAAAGUACAUAUCAAGAGAGUCACACUAAGGUCACGAGCCAAAUAAGCGAUAAGUCGUUGACCUCAAAAGUAAAUUCAGAUGAAAGUUUCUAUGAGAAAUCCUUCGAGAAAAUUGAAAAUAUCACUGAUGAAGACAUGUUCAGAGAUUCGGCUGUUUAUUCUGAUCAAGAGGAAAUAGAGGAUCACGUUGAAACGAAAAAAACAGUUGCUAACAAACAUACAGCGAGACGCGAUACAUGCGACGCCCAGCGGGUUACAGUCACUACUGGCAAUACAGAGAAAUGUAACGUGCAGGCGAAAAUUAUUAAUAAGAUCGAAACACAGAAGAAUAUACAUCACAGAAUAGAAAAAUCUGGAAGCAGAGAGAAGAUCAAUAAACCGAAACUAGCUCCGCCGGUGCCGGCUAAACCAAAAAUUACAAGCGCCCAAACUGUAACAACAACCCAAGUUAACAAUAACAGCAAAAACAUAGUUAAAUACAAAGAAGUAUCGUCGUCGUCCGAGUCAAUAAAUAACCGCACCCUCAAAAGAAAUACCAGCUAUAGGACGUCGAAUGCCAAAUCCGAAUUCAUGAACCCGACAAAGGAGAAAACAAAAGUCGACUCAGUGAACGUUAAAAACGAAGAGACGAAAAAUGCAAAUAAAACACAAGAAACCAUACAAAUAAAAAGAAUGAGCUUCGAAAGAGCCAGUCUGGAUUCAGCGACAAGAAAACUGAGAGUUAACGAGAGGAGAUCAGCAACAGAACAAACGACGUCGAAAUCAGUUCUGGAGAGGAGAUUGGAAUUGGAGAAAAUAACUAAAAGCCAGUCGCACGAUAACCAACCGGUUAAACACCAAGCGAGCAGACCAGCCGUUAAACCUAAAUCCAUCACCUCAAAAGUCGCGUCCUUCGAGAGGAGUGUCAGCGAAAACGGCAGGGAAAGUAAAACUACCUCCAGGAACUUCACAAAUAAAGUCGAUAACGAAGAACAGGACCCCAAGGAGAGUUGGGUGAAACAAGUUGUCAAUAAAUUCCAAUAGUCUGU